GAAUUUAACAAAUUCAGUGCUUUGGAUAAUGACUAUAGGUAAUAACAACUCUUGUAUGGAUUUUGCAUAGCCCAAUAACAAAGGAUGCUUAAACCCGGAAGGCCCAAAAUAAACUUAACCAAAGCUCAAAGAUGCACAUAACAUCUCAGAAGACGACACGUGUCAGAUAAUUAGAAACACUAUUUUUUUAGAAAGAUAGAUAGAAAUUGAGAGGUCCAGUUUUCAUAAUUCCCACCAGAUAUGGCUGUAGUUCAAAUUUCCAGCUCUCUCUGCACUUCAAUUUAUGAUGGUGUUAUGUCAUAUCCAGUAAGCCUUUCUUCUAGUAGAGGUUCAACUUGUACUCAAUUUAGGUCUGCUUUUGCAACUGGUUCUCCCCUCUUGACCAGGAACAGUUAUUCUCAGAUAAAAGCUGUUCCAAGGAAUGCAGCAUCAGUUUCCAUACGAUGCGAGCAGAGUUCCAAGGAAGGAAGUAGUUUGGACAUAUGGCUUGGUCGAUCUGCCAUGGUUGGUUUUGCAGCUGCUAUUAGUGUAGAAAUAGCUACAGGCAAAGGACUUCUGGAGAAUUUCGGGAUCUCAGGGCCCUUACCUACAGUAGCAUUGGCAGUCACUGCAUUGGUGGGAGUUCUGACCGCGGUCUUCAUCUUCCAGUCUGCAUCAAAGAACUGAUUAUUUCUUUAUCUUCCUGUUUUAUGUAUCUAAAGGGUAUAUUGUUGUAUCCUUAUUCAUCUAGACGAAUAUUAUUAUCAAUUUGUCAAUAGAAACUCUAUUUACGGCAGAAUUUUCCCUUUCUUAAACCUUGUAAAAAUUUGUUUCUGCUUACAAUGUGCAAGUGCUCAUUCACUCAA